AUGUCAGCACGUCGCAAGAACCCCUCCACACCCUCCACGCCGCACACCUACACGGAGCCCAUCCUCAACGGCACGCCCACACCCUCAACCAGCAUGCGCAACAGCCCACCACGCACGCCCGCCUCCGCCCUCCUCCCCACGCGCCUCGAAACCCUCCUCAUCUCCCUCUACCCCGGGACGCUCCUCCUCGGCUCCAUCUUCAGCACGCUCUCACCCACCACACGCCACGCGCCCUACAGCGCGACGCUGCAGUCCCACCCACCAGACUUCGCGCCCUCGUACUUCGCGCAAAAACGCAACGUCUUCAACCUCUUUUUCGUCAAGCAGGGCUGGGCGUGGACAACGGCCGCGCUGGUGCUGUUUCUGCUCACGCACCCGAGUCUCGGGCCGCCGAUGCGGCCCGUGUUGACGCCGCGACGCGUCAGGGCUGUGUUGAGGUAUCUGCUGGUUACGCUGUGGUGGGCGGGGGUCACGCAGUGGUUCUUUGGGGCGCCGUUGAUCGAUCGCGGGUUCCUGCUCACGGGGGGCCAGUGCGAACUGAUCAAGGACCCGGGCGCGAGGGAGGAGAUGAGUAAUACGCGGGAGUAUGUCACCGCUGCCGGGUGCAAGCUUGUGGGCGGGCAGUGGAAGGGCGGGUACGAUAUCAGUGGACACGUGUUUUUGCUGACGCUGGGGAGCGCGCUGUUGUGGUUUGAGAUCUUGCCGGCGGUGAGCAGGGCGGAGGGGCUGAGGGAUGGGAGGAGGGUGGUUAUGAGCGAUGGGAAGGUUAGGACCGCGGCUAGCGAGGCGCAGAGGGAGUCCCAUGGGGUUGAGGGAGGGGCGGAGGAAGGUCCUGGACUGGGCAUGAAGGUCGCGCUGGGUGUUAUGGGCAUGAUGUGGUGGAUGCUGCUUAUGACGGCCGCGUUCUUUCACACCUGGUUCGAGAAGUGGACUGGUCUAGUGGUGGCAUUUUCGGGCUUGUGGGUGGUUUACUUCCUCCCGAGGGCCGUCCCGGCUAUGAGGGCUAUUGUGGGUAUGCCUGGGGUUUAA